AUGGAAAUUAUUCAGGCCUAGUGCAAAUCUAAGAAAAUACGGAAAAGGACUUGGGUAUUCAUUACUGAGAUGGAAUAGGAAAAUAAUUUGCAAUUAAAUUUUCAUAUAAGAGACUUAAAAUAACCUUAGUUGCUCGAACAAGUUCAGAAUUAAGGAUUGACUAUUAUAUAAAGCAUGGAAGUGGUUGGAAAUUAGUUUAUAAUUGGUUAUUCUAAAUUACAAUGGUACCAUUAACGAUCCUUCACUUAAGACUAUAUGCUUGGAAUUAUUAAUAUGGAAUGGUCAGAGUUGGUAGAAUUGAAUAAAAAGGAUAUAUAAAGUAGAGGCGAUUUAGAGUAGGAAUAAUUAUGA